AAAAAAAUCAAAACAUGGGAAAAACUUUACCUGCAGAUUAAUAAAACUAACAGCAGUCCUGCUUUCAUCAAACCAAUAACUAGCUAAUAGAGCAAUGCAAUUGUGUUAUUUGUGUAAUAAAAUGCUGCCGCACUCAGGGGUAUUAGCCUAGCAACCCAGGCGUUUUGCCUCCCUGCAGCCCCUCCUGUGACCAGAGGGAAUAAGAAGAGAUGUAAACAAGUGUGCAGAUAACGUAGAUGUUUCUCCCCAGCAGCAAACUUCAACUCUGAACGUAACCUACAGCCUCGGGCGGUUCGCUCAACGGCACUCAAAGGGGACAGCGUUUAGACGCCGACGAUCGGCAACUGCCAACAUCUCUGAGGAAUCUACCUUCUGUUCGCCUGACUUUCUGCUCUUUAAUCGCACUUCUUCUGCAGGAAACUGUCUCUGAGGGGGAGGAGCCUCCUCGUAGCGUUUCUCUCCAGAGCAUGAACCAGGUGUCUGACAUAGGAGCUACGCCUUCACAGCAGCAGCUGCACUGCAGACAAGAGGCCUUACACGCCGACAGAAGCGACUAAACCAGAGACCUACGACCAGAGCCGAGACGAACCGAUGGAAGAGAAGCGAGGAGAAAUUAGACAAGCAAGCCUCGCUCUCCUGUGAAGCCACCAGAGACGCGCCUCCUCCUGGAGCGGCGGCGAGUCGCGGCGUCAUGUCGUCGAUUCCAGCCCGGCUGAUGGGAAAGCCGAGUCCGAAGGGGGAGCAGUCCACUUUGACCCUGACCCUGGCCAUGCUGUUUUUCCUCAUAAGCAAACAGAUGGGAAAGCAAUCCAACUCUUUGUUUGUCGCCUUGAUGAAACUUCUGUUCAGACUUCUAAUAGAUUACCUGGGCGGCAGCGCCGUCAGCUACUUUCUGAAGAUCUGACAGCCGUCGGGACGUCCCGUUUCGCUGCUCCGACUAACUUCCAGUGAGAUUAAUAUCAAGUAGCAGCCCGACGCGCCAAUCACAGCCCAGAGGGUUUGGUCCUUUCCCAAAUGCAGGAAGAUGUCCGUAGCCGAGCUAAGCUGAAGUUGCUGCGCGGUCGGCCAAGGCCAUGAGUGACCAGGUUUUCCUGCUUAACGCUCCAAGAGGACUCAAAAAUGCCUUCAAGCAGAACGGACGACAGAUGCUCCACCAGACGUUGGGAAGAUGCUUGUCGAGCAUUUUCGGAGGGGCACAAUAUGCCGGCAACAGAAAGACCACUCCCUCCAGUGACACCCCUGCACUCUGGUCUGAAAGCCGUACCAGCCUCCAUCAGCUCCCUUCACCAGAGCCCGUUCAGGCCCCCGCCAGUACUGGCAAGCCUGUUGGCUCCUCUUGCGGGCUCCUUGGGGCCAGCAGUACUAUUCAGGGCUCAGAUGGCUCUGGUUCUGGUGUCAGCCCAGUCCUUGCGUGGCAUGCCGCCAUUAAUGCUGCGCGACAAGCACAAGAUGAUGUUGAAAUUCCCGAGAAGGACUCAGGUCCCGCAGUUUGCACUUCUGGACCAGCUCCUGUUGGCUCGCUUGCACAGAGGAAGCGGCAGCAGUAUGCCAAAAGCAAAAAGCAAGGAGGAUCCACCAACAGUCGGCCACCCAGAGCCCUGUUCUGCCUCACCCUCAACAACCCGAUCCGCAGGGCCUGCAUCAGCCUGGUGGAAUGGAAACCAUUUGAUGUCUUUAUACUCCUGUCUAUUUUUGCCAACUGUGUGGCCUUAGCCAUCUACAUCCCCUUUCCUGGAGAUGACUCCAAUUCUACUAACCAAGAACUGGAAACAGUAGAAUAUGCCUUCCUGAUCAUUUUUACUAUAGAGACAUUUCUGAAGAUUAUUGCCUAUGGCUUGGUCAUGCACCAAAACUCCUAUGUCCGAAAUGGAUGGAACAUGUUGGACUUUGUCAUCGUCAUAGUAGGAUUGUUCAGUGUUGUCCUGGAAAUGAUAACCAAAGACGCUGACUCCGGAGGGCAGACUGGAGGCAAACCAGGGGGGUUUGACGUGAAGGCCCUCAGAGCCUUUCGCGUGCUACGACCUCUUCGCCUUGUUUCUGGAGUUCCCAGUUUACAGGUGGUUUUAAAUUCCAUAAUUAAAGCCAUGGUCCCCCUCCUUCACAUUGCUCUGCUGGUCCUCUUUGUAAUCAUCAUCUACGCCAUCAUCGGCCUGGAGCUCUUCAUUGGGAAGAUGCACGCUGCAUGCUAUGUGAUAAAAACAGGAGCCCUCGCAGAAGAGGAGCCUGUUCCAUGCGCCGUCUCAGGGCACGGUCGCCGUUGCCUGGUCAAUGGCACCAUUUGCAGGGAGGGCUGGCAGGGCCCCAACAAUGGCAUCACCAACUUCGACAACUUUCUGUUCGCCAUGCUAACCGUUUUCCAAUGUAUCACCAUGGAAGGCUGGACCGAAGUUCUCUAUUGGAUGAAUGAUGCAAUGGGCUUUGAGCUGCCGUGGAUCUACUUUGUCAGUCUGGUCAUCUUUGGAUCCUUCUUUGUUCUGAACCUGGUCUUGGGAGUGUUGAGUGGAGAGUUUUCCAAAGAGCGUGAAAAGGCCAAAGCUCGAGGUGACUUCCAGAAGCUGCGCGAGAAGCAGCAGCUGGAGGAGGACCUGAAGGGCUACCUGGACUGGAUCACGCAAGCCGAGGACAUCGACCCUGAGAACGAGGAGGAGGGGGACGAGGAGGGCAAGCGCAAUCGGGUCACACUGGCUGACCUCACUGAGAAGAAGAAAGGGAAGUUUGGCUGGUUCUCUCAGUCCACAGAGACACAGGCGAGCAUGCCCACGAGUGAGACAGAGUCAGUGAACACAGAUAAUCAUAAUGGAGAAGAGGGCAAAUCUCCGUGCUGUGGGCCGCUGUGUCAGAAAAUAACUAAAUCAAAGUGCAGUCGUCAGUGGCGACGGUGGAACCGCUUCUGCCGCAGGAAGUGCCGGGCGGCCGUGAAAUCUGUGACGUUUUAUUGGCUGGUCAUCAUCCUGGUGUUCCUCAACACCCUCACCAUCGCAUCCGAGCACUACAACCAGCCGGAGUGGCUAACUGAAGUACAGGAUGUAGCUAACAAGGUUCUUUUGGCCUUGUUCACUCUGGAGAUGCUUGUGAAGAUGUACAGUUUGGGGCUACAGGCCUACUUCGUGUCGCUGUUCAACCGCUUUGACUGUUUUGUGGUGUGCGGCGGCAUCGUGGAGACCAUCCUGGUGGAGCUGGCGAUCAUGUCCCCCCUGGGGAUCUCAGUUUUACGCUGCGUACGCCUCCUCAGGAUCUUUAAAGUCACACGUCACUGGGCAUCUCUCAGCAACCUGGUGGCCUCCCUGCUCAACUCCAUGAAGUCCAUCGCCUCCCUGCUGCUGCUGCUCUUCCUCUUCAUCAUUAUUUUCUCGCUGCUUGGCAUGCAACUGUUUGGGGGAAAAUUCAACUUUGAUGAGACGGUGACCAAAAGAAGCACGUUUGAUAACUUCCCGCAGGCCCUGCUCACUGUGUUUCAGAUCUUAACGGGUGAAGACUGGAACACGGUUAUGUAUGACGGCAUCAUGGCCUACGGUGGUCCGGCCUCCUCUGGAAUGGUGGUCUGCAUUUACUUCAUCAUCCUGUUCAUCUGUGGAAACUACAUUCUACUGAACGUGUUCUUGGCCAUUGCUGUGGAUAAUCUGGCUGACGCAGAGAGCCUAAACACGGCACAGAGAGAGGAAGAGGAGGCCAAAAAGAGAAAGAACAGCAUAAAGGAAACAAAUACAGAGAAGAAAAGAGUUGAAAUAACAGAGGACGGUGAAACAAAGAUGCCGACAGAGGCCUUGCUAGAGGGUGACAAAGAGUCGUAUCCUCCCAUCGACUCACCAGGUGGUGAUGAAGAUGAUGAUGAUGAUGAUAAUGAGAACCUCCCUGAAGCCCCCCCAGGACCCCGGCCCCAGCGGCUCUCUGAACUCACCAUGAAAGAGAAGAUCCCACCUAUCCCAGAGGGCAGCGCGUUUUUCAUCUUCAGCAGCACCAACCCGUUUCGCGUGCUCUGCCAUAAGCUCAUCAACCAUCAGAUCUUCACCAACCUGAUCCUUGUCUUCAUCAUGCUCAGCUCUGUUUCCCUAGCUGCCGAGGACCCCAUCCGCAACUUCUCUGCUCGCAACAUUAUACUUGGUUAUUUUGACUAUGCUUUCACCGCAAUCUUUACUGUUGAGAUCCUGUUGAAGAUCCUAGGCUAUGCAGACUAUGUCUUCACUAGUAUGUUUACAUUUGAGAUCCUUGUUAAGAUGACGGCGUUCGGCGCGUUCCUUCAUAAAGGGGCGUUCUGCAGGAACUAUUUCAACCUAUUAGACCUGCUGGUUGUCGGCGUGUCUCUCGUGUCCUUUGGUAUUCAGUCCUCUGCUAUCUCAGUGGUGAAGAUCCUCCGUGUUUUGCGAGUCCUCCGUCCGCUGAGGGCCAUAAACAGGGCCAAGGGACUCAAGCACGUGGUGCAGUGCGUAUUUGUGGCCAUCAGGACCAUCGGCAACAUCAUGAUUGUCACCACACUCCUGCAGUUCAUGUUCGCUUGUAUCGGCGUGCAGCUCUUCAAGGGUAAAUUCUACCGAUGCACAGAUGACGCAAAGUCCAGCCCGGAUGAGUGCAAGGGAACAUACAUUCUUUACAACAACGGGGACACGGCACUGCCCAUGGUGAAGGAGAGGAUCUGGUACAACAGCGACUUCAACUUUGACAACGUCCUCAUGGCCAUGAUGGCCUUGUUCACCGUCUCCACCUUUGAGGGAUGGCCCACUCUGCUGUACAAGGCCAUCGAUUCUAACAGGGAGAACAUGGGCCCCAUCUACAACUACCGCAUUGAGAUCUCCAUCUUCUUCAUCAUCUACAUCAUCAUCAUCGCCUUCUUCAUGAUGAACAUCUUUGUUGGUUUCGUCAUUGUUACCUUUCAGGAGCAGGGUGAGAAGGAGUACAAGAACUGCGAGCUGGACAAGAACCAGCGUCAGUGUGUGGAGUAUGCACUAAAAGCUCGCCCUCUACGCCGCUACAUUCCCAAAAAUCCCUACCAGUACAAGUUCUGGUAUGUGGUCAACUCCACCGGCUUUGAGUACGUCAUGUUUGUCCUGAUCAUCCUCAACACGCUGUGUCUGGCUAUUCAACACCAUGGCCAGUCCCAUCUGUUUAACUAUGCCAUGGACAUCCUCAACAUGGUCUUCACAGGAGUUUUCACUGUGGAGAUGAUCCUAAAGCUCAUUGCCUUCAAACCCAGAGGCUAUGUUGGGGACGCCUGGAACGUCUUCGAUGCUCUAGUGGUGAUCGGCAGUGUAGUCGACAUCAUACUCAGCCAGAACUAUUUUGCUGAUGCAUGGAACACGUUUGACGCCUUAAUUGUUGUGGGUAGCGUGGUUGACAUUGCCAUCACUGAGAUCAAUUCGGCAGCCAUCCCUGUUGUCAAGGUGAUAGAGGAUCCAGGGAAUACAGAGGACAGUGCUCGCAUCUCCAUCACCUUCUUCCGCCUGUUCAGGGUGAUGCGGCUGGUCAAACUCCUGAGCAGAGGGGAGGGAAUCAGGACUCUGCUGUGGACCUUCAUCAAGUCUUUCCAGGCUCUUCCCUAUGUUGCCCUCUUGAUAGCUAUGCUGUUCUUCAUCUAUGCUGUAAUCGGGAUGCAGGUGUUUGGAAAAAUAGCAAUGGUGGACGGAACCCAUAUCAACCGCAACAACAAUUUCCAAACCUUUCCUCAAGCGGUUCUGAUGCUGUUCAGGUGUGCCACGGGGGAGGCGUGGCAGGAGAUCAUGCUGGCCUGUUUGCCAGGGAAGCUGUGCGACUCAGAGUCAGACUACAACCCGGGAGAGGAGAAAACCUGCGGCAGCAACUUUGCUAUAAUUUACUUUAUCAGCUUUUAUAUGCUCUGCGCUUUCCUGAUCAUCAACCUGUUUGUUGCUGUCAUUAUGGAUAACUUUGAUUACCUGACUCGUGAUUGGUCCAUUCUUGGCCCUCACCACCUGGAUGAGUUUAAAAGGAUAUGGUCUGAAUAUGAUCCUGAAGCCAAGGGCAGGAUAAAACAUCUGGAUGUGGUCACACUGUUGAGGAGGAUCCAGCCUCCGUUGGGCUUUGGCAAGCUCUGCCCUCACAGAGUCGCCUGUAAGCGACUAGUGGCAAUGAACAUGCCCCUCAACAGUGAUGGGACCGUAAUGUUUAAUGCCACCUUGUUUGCUUUAGUCCGCACCGCUCUUAAGAUCAAGACUGAUGGUAACUUGGAGCAAGCCAAUGAGGAGCUGAGAGCUGUAAUCAAGAAAAUCUGGAAGAGGACCAGCAUGAAGCUGUUGGAUCAAGUAGUGCCUCCUGCAGGCGAUGACGAGGUAACAGUGGGGAAGUUCUAUGCCACCUUCCUGAUACAGGACUACUUCAGAAAGUUCAAGAGGCGCAAAGAGCAAGGUCUGGUGGGAAGGAGGUCUUGGGAGAACACCACCUUGGCUUUACAGGCUGGCCUGCGGACGCUGCAUGACAUUGGACCAGAAAUUUGCAGAGCCAUAUCAUGUGAUCUACAGGAGGAGGGGCUUGUAGAUGGAACUGGAGAGGAAGAAGAGGAAAUAUUUCGGCGCAACGGUGGCCUUUUUGGGAAUCACGUUAACCACGUUGGUAUGGAUUACGGCCAACCCACUACUGUCACGCAGCGCCCCCUACAGAUCCUACCCGUCUACUGCACUCCUUCCAUCGCGCCCACUCAGAUAUGCAGGAGGGCCAGCAGCAGCGACAAGGAAGGAGAGAUGGAGACGAACUCCUCCCCCAUCCACUGUAAUCAUCAUCAUCAUCAUUCCCCUCAUCUGUAUGAUUACUGUAACUCAACCUAUCCUCAGUCUCCAAUACCCUCCAAUGCCAACCUCAACAAUGCCAAUGUGCCCUCGCUUCUCUCAAUGACCUCUGGGAGACAGCAGAAGAGUUUAUUACAGAGAUGUCGUCCGUCUUCAGCAAGAAAUAAAUCAUCAACGACUUACAGCAGGGGAUUGCACAAUAAGCCAUGGAAGUCACACUCCACAAGAACACGCUACUACGAGACCUAUAUUAGGUCAAAAAAUGGUGGAGUACUUCACCCAACCGUUCGACAAGAGGAGCCAGGGGGCAGGGACAGCGAUGAAGAGCGGGCCUCCGGGGAAUACUUCAGUGGGGAGGAGUUUCAUGAAGAUGACAUCAUGCUCACCAAGGAGAGGUUGUCCAAGACAGACCUCCGUGGCGCUGCAGAGGGAGAUUUUGACCCUUUCAGCGAUGACUGUCAGUCUGAAGGUUACUGUGACGAUGACAAACAGCCUAUAUGCCAAGAUGACCGGCGGUCGCCCAGGAGAUGGUUUUUACCCUCCCCUCAAGCCUGCAACACACCAACGUUCAGCUUUGAGUGUCUUCGCAGAAGAACUAGUGUAGAUGAAGCUCCUCCACCAUCUCCAUCAUGCACGGCUCUUCCACUGCACCUGAUGCAGCAACAGGUGAUGGCUGUAGCCGGCCUGGAUUCCUCCAGGAUUGCCCGUCUGUCUCCUACGAGGUCACUACGCUCGUGGGCCACACCUCCCGCGUCCCCCAUCAGCCGUGACUGCUCGCCCUGCUACACCCCACUCAUACAGGUGGACUGGCGGAGUACUGGCAGCGUGGGCAGCCUUCCCGGGGCCAUGAAGAGGAGUUCUUGGUACACCGACGGCCAGGAUGGCCUGCCCAGCCGCAGCCACUCACCGUCACGGCUGCAGCUACCUGCAGAGAACCGCUCACACUUCCUGCAAAAGAGAGGCAGCGCCAACAGUUUGGUGGAAGCUGUGCUGAUCUCUGAAGGUCUGGGGAAAUACGCCAGGGAUCCCAAGUUUGUGACAGCAGCCACACAUGAGAUCGCGGACGCCUGCGAGAUGACCAUCGACGAGAUGGAGAGCGCCGCCAGCAAUCUGCUGAAUGGGAGCAUGGGUAACGGCAACGCGGCUGGGACAGGCGACGCCGGCUCAGAGUCACAGGCCGACACGCACACAAGGGACUACAGCGACGAAGAGCCAUACGUGGUGGUGAAGUGCGAGGAGGACCUAGCGGAUGAGAUGAUAUGCAUCACUUCUCUAUAGCAGCGGUUCACUGCAGAUUAAAUAUAGUCUGAUUAAUGUACAGGACUCUCUCAACAUGCCCUGCAGAAGACAGACAAUUACAAACAGGGGUAAAUGGGA